GCGUGGCCCUGACGAGGCGACAUACCUGUGUCGGGGGGUAAGGCGACAACCCCACGAACGCUACAGGUAAUGUCUCUCACCUGCAUUAGUUCUGCUUCAUGUCGAUACAAGGCUGCAAAUAUGGCAUCCAUCUUCCUGCUAGCCGUUCUUUUACAGAUUGGGUCUGUUCACAGUCAAGUAGAUGGAGGCAUCAUGGAGAUCCACUACCCAGACAUAGUGCUGGAGACAGAGGGGGAUGGUAACAUCACGUUUGGGGCGGGUUCUGCUGGCAGCGUUUACCUCAGGCCUGGGAUAGGGGGGACUGUGUUGUAUCACGGCUUUGAUCUCCUGUACUUCAUCAAGAUCAUGAAGAGUUUCCCGCCAGUUUGGGGCACUCCGUCAGCUGUUGGUUUUUUCGGCAAAUACAACGGCGGGGAUUACGUCAACGUGACGCUGAACGCCCAGGACCCUGAAGGGGAACAAUUGCUUUACACAAUCGUGGCCGGUGACCUUCCCACUGGUAUUGACCUUGACCCAACAGAAGGUGUCAUCCGGGGCAUCGCCCCCGACGAAAACGCAUUUUACGUUGUCACCAUACGGGCAUCUGACAAUCAACACAAGCAUGCUGACGCUGUCUUCCGGUUUGAAACUAAAGAUACCGACAGAUGCAAGCUCCUUACACCGUGUCAGAACGGCGGAGAUUGUGAGGACAGGAAUGGCUUCUACAAGUGCAUUUGUGUCGGGGUCUUUGGAGGCACAAACUGCGAGAGAACAUGUAAUGAAACAUCAUUCGGGGUCGACGCCCAUCACAAGGUGAUCCCAGACGCACAGAUGUCUGCGUACCGGAGUCAUAACACCAGCUUGGCCUCUGAUGGACGUCUGAACGGGAAGGGGUGGUGUGGGAUGGAUCAACGCUCCUGGCUGCAGGUGGAUCUGGGUAAACCGAGGCUCGUGCACCGCGUGUUGAUGGAGGGGAUCACCACCAACCUCUACACCGGCCUCUAUGAACUUCAGCACAGCGAGGACGGCCAAAGCUUCAACAACUACACCACGACUCCGUCAGCGAACUCAACAGCCACACCCGUCGUCCUGAAAAUGGAAGGUAACAGUACAAUCACCGAUGCACUGUUACCGUCAGUGCUGACCACCCGCUAUGUGCGCUUCCUGCCUCUCAGCUACGGCACCGGGUUCUAUCCUUGCAUGAGGGUCGACCUCUUCGGCUGCGACAUCUUCAACUAACCAUCACAAAUACUAUGUAAUUCUGCACAGAGCUACAUAUUAAAGGUCGCCGUAUACUCAA